UAACUGAUCAUGUAAUGUAAUGUUAGUCGGCCAGUCUGCAGCUUCAUUGUGCUUGUGCUUGUGCUUGCGGCGGCCACUCUCUCUCCCUAUCUCUUAUCAAUUCAUAGCCCAACCCUGAAAUGAAAUGAAAUGUCAUGUCUUGAUUAGAGAGAGAGCAGUAAUUCGUUCCACGCACGCAGAAAGACAGUUAGCCACGCGGAUCAUAUCAGAUCGGAUCAGAUCAGAUCAUUGAUUCACACACACAGAGAUUCAAGACACAACCAGCCAGCCAGCCAAAAUCCAAUCCAGUCGGAGGAGAAAUGCUCCUGCAAAUCGCCACGCCCGCCGUCGCCGCCUACUGCUGUUAUUAUACUACCAGCACCAAGUCCAAGAGGCAUUGUCCUCUCCAUCCUCCUUGUCCCAAACCCACACCCUUCUUGCCUCCGCUGGGCAGCAGGUUUCAUCGGAGUUACGCCGCCGCCUCCUCGUUGGGUCAGACUCAGACUCAGACUCAGCGAGUAGUAUCUCUGCUUGAGACCACCACCACCCCUGUUAUUUUGUGGGCGGGACGGCUCUGUGUCUUCUAUGCUCUCUUGAAAGCUGGUUUGGCUGGCUCUCCCAAUAAUCCCAUUCUUGCUGAAUCGGAAAACGAAGCUGGAGAUUUAGGGUUCUCCAAGUGGUUUGGGAAGCUGAGCAAACCAGAAAAAGAGGCAGCUGACAGAAGAAAACUAGUGAGCAAAUGGCAUCCUACGACGAAGGGUACCCUUAGGCGCAACUACAGAGUGCCCUCUAAAACUGAGGGCAAGCGUCUGCUUAGAGCUGUUGCAUCUCUAUUGUCGGAUGAUGAUCAGUUUAGAGAUGCCACAUCACACAAGGGGUGCCAGAUUAGGAGGGAAAGUGCCCAUGGAGAAAGUGUGUGUUGCAACAAUAUACGAGCGCUGUUUGAUGAGCUCCCGACGCCACAUUUGAUUGUGGAGAUCACGGCAUUCCCUGCUGGCCCUCUUUCGGAGAAAGACUAUGCAAAGGCCGAGAGACUGGAGAGGGUGCUUCGAUCAGGUCCUUCUGUCUGAAUAUAUCUAUCUAUCCAUCUAUGUAUCUGCAUGUUAGGAGGGGUGGGGUGUACAUACUGUGUAGAGAGGAAGCGUUUGAUUCUGCGCCAAAUGUUUUUGGAACCGAUCAACUUAAACAGUAUUUCAAUUCAUCGUU